AUGGCCUCCCGGGACCUGCCGCCCCCAACCAGCCACGCGCCGCCGGACGUGCCCACGGGGCUGGAGCUGUUCCUGACUAUCCCCUACGCCUUCUUCCUGCCGGAGCUGGUGUUCGGGUGCUGGGUCUGGAUCCUGGUGGCCUCCACUCAAGUGGCAAACCCACUGCUACAAGGAUGGGUGAUGUACGUCUCGCUGACCUCGUUCCUCAUCUCUCUGCUGUUCCUGCUGUCUUACCUGUUUGGAUUUUACAAGAGAUAUGAGUCUUGGCGAGUCCUGGACAGCCUGUACCACGGAACCACUGGCAUCCUGUACAUGAGCGCGGCUGUCCUGCAGGCACACGCCACCAUCGUUUCUGAGACCCAGGACAUACACAACUACUACAUAAACACUACAGCCUCGUUCUUCGCCUUCAUCACCACCCUGCUCUACGUCCUGCACGCCUUCAGCAUCUAUUACCACUGAGGGACCGAGGGCCUGCCAUGCGAAGUGCUCUCAAAACCAGGGUCAUUGGCUCCCGAGGGUCAUUUCAGCCUUCGUCAUCUUGAUGAAAACAGAUCAACAAAACAUCAAUGGGACUAACGGAC